GCAUUUUCCUUACAUCCUGUUGUUAAAGCUGAUCAUGACUUUCUAAUUCUUUUCUAAUCCUGAUGUGAGUAUGAAAAUCAAACCAUUAGCACACCAGACUCAGCAGAGGGGGGGAAAAAACAAUCAAAAUGUGCCUCCUCCCUUACAAGGCACUUACCUCUCCCUCAGUUCUUAAUUUAUAAAUACUGUUUUCCUCUGUCCCUAGUGGAAAAUGUAAUUGUGAGGCCACAGAAACAACAGGCAAGUCUUGCAUACCGUUAUGGGAAAGACCACUGAGGGUGAGGUACGUUUCUCAUAUAUGCGGAUGAAGUAUCUCUUCAUCUCUUGGUUAGUAGUAUUUAUCGGCAGCUGGGUUAUGUAUGUUCAGUAUUCCACCUACACAGAGCUAUGCAGAGGACAUGACUGUAGGAAAAUAAUAUGUGAUAGAUACAAGACUGGAGUUAUUGAUGGGUCAGCAUGUAGCAGUCUUUGUGCUAAAGAAACACUGUAUUUUGGAAAAUGUUUGUCCACAAAGCCCAAUAACCAGAUGUAUUUAGGAAUCUGGGGAAAUCUUCAGGGUGUUAUAAAAUGCCAAAUGGAAGAAGCUGCUCAACUUGAUCUUGGUGCUGACCCAGAACCAAGGAAGGAAAUUGUCCUAUUUGAUAAACCAAUAAGAGGAACCACUGUUGAGAAAUUCAAAGAAAUGGUAUAUGGUCUUUUUAAAGCAAAAUUGGGUGAACAAGGAAACCUUUCAGAACUGGUUAAUCUCAUCCUAUCUUUUGCUGAUGGAAACAAAGAUGGUAGAGUUUCUUUGCCAGAGGCGAAAUCUGCAUGGGCACUGCUGCAGCUAGAUGAGUUUCUGUUAAUGGUCAUCUUGCAGGAUAAAGAACAUACUCCCAAGUUGAUGGGUUUUUGUGGGGAUCUCUAUGUGACUGAAAGAGUUGAAUAUACCUCUCUCUAUGGAAUCAGCCUUCCAUGGAUUAUAGAACUUUUUGUUCCCUCUGGCUUCAGAAGAAGCAUGGAUCAAUGGUUUACUCCAUCAUGGCCAAGAAAGGCAAAAAUAGCUAUAGGGCUUUUAGAGUUUGUGGAAGAUAUUUUCCAUGGACCUUAUGGAAACUUUCUUAUGUGUGAUACAAGUGCCAAAAACUUGGGAUAUAAUGAUAAAUAUGAUUUGAAAAUGAUGGACAUGAGAAAAAUUGUGCCAGAAAUGAAUUUGAAAGAAAUAAUUAAAGAUCGUCAGUGUGAAUCGGAUUUGGACUGUAUUUACGGUACAGACUGUAGAACUCUGUGUGACCAAAGCAAAAUGAGAUGCACCACAGAAGUAAUUCAGCCAAACUUGGCAAAAGCCUGUCAGCUACUUAAAGACUAUCUGCUUCGUGGUGCCCCUUCUGAUAUCCAUGAAGAACUAGAAAAACAACUGUACUUGUGUAUUGCCCUUAAAGUCACAGCAAAUCAGAUGGAAAUGGAGCAUUCUUUAAUACUCAAUAACUUAAAAACUUUACUGUGGAAGAAAAUUUCCCAUACAAAUGAUUCUUAGCUUCUCUACCAGCAGAAGACAAUACUGAUGCCUGCCACUAGAGGUGGCCUACCGCAUUUGUUAAAGCCGAUCUGCAGCAUUUUUUGAAGCUGUUUCUUUACUCAGAUUUCAUUAAUGGCUCUUGCCUUUCAGUCAGUACCUUAUGACAGGGCUUCUCAAAGAAUGAACAUGCCACUGAAUGAUCGGGCAGAGGCCAAAAGCACUUUUGUGCCAGUGCUGUUAAGGAAACAAAACCCCUGCAUGCUUGACUGUUAUGUGCACUUUGUCAGGUCUUGGAACAGGAAAAAAGUAUUCACUGUGCCACCACAUCAAUUGAUGGAAUAUCUUACAGUUCUGUGAAAAUCAUUGCUCACUUGUGAAAUAUCUGCAAAAGAUUUUUAUCCUAAGUAGUUUUAUGAAGAACCACCACUACCGCAAAUAACGUGUCUGAGUCCAAGCUGCUGUUGUGAAUAAACUGAACUGUGAGAUUGAAGUUUACUAAUACCUUGGCAUGGCAGAAUUUGCACAUUAAAAAUUUUUAAACUGUGGAAGAUUAGAAUUUUAUUCUAGAACUGACAGGUUCUAUUAUGAAACUUAAAUCAGAUUCUGUUUACACCUUGUUACCUCAUGCUUACAUCUUGAAUGUUUAAGUAGUUCAACAAUUUAAGUCCUUAAACAAUGAACCCUGUUGGGAGCCAAGAAUUUUAGAAUGUUAUUUCUUAAAAUCAUGUAUAUAGUCUAGCAGCAAUAUCAACAUCAGUUUCAAAACCUACUUUUUUGUAAUUCACUUGAGGUCUUUAACCCAAAUUAAGCUGUAGUGAAUACUGAGGAGUAAAGUUUGUGGACUAAGGUGUUGUAUCAGAACUGAAGCUAUUUCUUUUUAAAAAUACUGAUAGCAGAAAUGUCCUAACAGUAAAAAAGGAAGCUUUUAGUGUAGGAAUCUACUGAACAACAUGUGAAACAAGUAGUAAGUCUAAAGGCUUGACUUUUCACUGUCCAAACUGAGCUAGACUUAUACUUAAGUCCUGCAAUAGUUAAGAGGAUUUAUGCAAGCCAGAACUGUAGGGCAGACGCUGGAUUGUUUGAGUGUGAAAUAUUGAUUAAAUAGGAGCUGGAGAUGGUAACAGCUAGGACCACGGUGGAACAUGAGCUGUAGUGUGUUACUAUUCUUUAUUUUCUAGUAUUGUCUAUGAGUCACUGUUAAGUCUCAAGUGCAGAGUAAAUAAACACCAUCUGAUCAUGGCACUUGAUGUGGCAUGACCACUGUACCACCUGUGAUCUGCAUCUCUGUUGUGUCUCAGGUUUACAUCUGUGUUCACAAUUAUGUAGAACUGGAUGUUCAUACAAUACCUUAAUACUGUGCUCAGUACUGCCCUGAUAAUGUUUCAUUUAUAAAUGCUUUAGGUGUGAAGUAGUUCAAUCCUUAUUUAUUUGAAUAGCUGUCAUCCAUAUACUUCUAAACCCUGGCCCCAUAAUUUAUUUUCACUGUAAGAAGGACAAGCUAUUUUUAAAUAUAUGUGAAAGGCUGUUAAUUGCUUUAGGUAUCCUGUUAAAUGCAUUCCUUGAAUGGAUUCCAGGACAACAUCAAGUCCCUGUUCCCUAUCCUCUGUAAGAGUAUGCAGCCUGGGUUAAGGAUGUACUGUUUUGUAAACAGCAGCUUUUCAGUUUAAGUAUUACUAUGCUAAUCACUGUCUCUAACUUGAUAAUGUCCUUCAACCAUGAGCUAAGAAGUAUUUAUAGCCAGCAAUGCACUCAAGUGUAAAGUGGUCAUGUUCUUAGUGGAAAAAAAAUUUGACUGUAAUUGCUACUAGGUUUUGGGCAGAGAUUAUUGAAUAUAAAAUGCUGGGUAUUUUAAACAACUGGAAAACAUGUUUAAUAGUACAGUUUGUAUAGAACAGUAAUUUUUAUCACUGUUGCAUCAAGUUGGAGUUUUCAGUGGAAAAAAUACACUUUCAUUUACAGUAAAUCACAGGCCUCCUUCUUUCAAUAGCAGUACUUCUCUAUUAGUAUCUUAGAGCAAAACAUUCCUCCAUGUAGCCUAUGUAACUCCUCUUUAACCUGUGCAAGCAGCUUCAGUAAGUCUAAUGGGAAAGAAGUUCCUAGAAAAUGGAGAUGUAGGAAAAAGGGAUCAGAGCACAUCCAGGCCUCUGUAACUAAGCCCAUAUAUGCAACUUAAAAGUGAAUCCUCUUGUCUAAUCAAAUAAUGUGAAGUACUCAGCUUAAGGUCAUACCUGUUUCAGGAGCAUCCAGAGCUUAAAGCUGAGUGUCUGAAAGGGCUUACUUCAGUUACUGGAAGAACCUUAAGCACUUCAAUUAGGAAUGCCUGUCUGAAUCAGCUAUAGUUAUGUCUCAGUAGGGAAAGUGUUAUCAUUUGUGUUCCUGAAAGCCUAAGGCUGCCUUUAGGCAGACGCUUCCAAACCUACUGUAAUUACUCCUGCUUUUUUCUCUGAAGCUACAUACAGAUUCCUCCAUAACAUUAAGUAUGCUUAAA